GCAGAGUCCAGCACAUCAGACGUGUGGCAUUGGGCUGCUGUAUAUUCUCAUCCGAGGGCCGCUCAUCAUCCGGGUUCGAUUUGCCCUAGAAACAAAUGCAGCUUUGGACCGAUUACUUUAUUUUUCAUUUGCCUGAUUUGACGUACUGAACUACCGUAGGAAGGAAUAAGGGAUGACCGGCUAUAUUCCCAGGAAUGCCUAGGUCUAUCGUACUCAUGGCGUAUCAGCAAACUGUCAUCUUCCAUCCUAUCCGUGAUGUUUUGACAUAUCGAUGUGUUGUUUGAAUGUGCAACAGGCUCCCGCCAUAUAUUCAUGCGGUUUAUGGAGACGAUGGGGCAUCAAAAGGAGGAUGUGUCCUAGUGCUCUACAUAUGUGUGCUUGUACAAUAUAACCAUUUAUUAAUGUUGCUCACUUACGACCAUGCCACACCGAAUGGUGCUCUUUGAUCUGUACACAACUGGACAGCACUUCAAUUUGGCGAGGUCAUUUUUUUGUAGAGGUUUGUGUCAGAGUAUAAGGGAAUUUAAAAUGGCAACGCAAGUAGCGGGGAGGAAAAGAAUUCCCAACCGGGAGAAACUAUCGGCGGAGGAUGAUGCUCUCAGUCAAAUAGCUCGAGAGGCGGAGGCAAGACUGGCAGCUAAGCGGGCAGCCCGGGCAGAAGCUCGAGAAAUCCGAAUGAAGGAAUUGGAGAGGCAACAGAAAGAGAUAUAUCAAGCACAAAAGAAAUACUAUGGGCUGGACAGCAAAUGGGGGCAUAUUGAACAGUGGAUGGAGGACAGUGAGCGGUAUUCCCGCCACUCUUGGAGACAUGCCUCGAUAUCAGAUGAUGAAGAGCGGAUGUCUGUUGGCAGUCGGGGCAGUUUGAGGGGCAACCACAUAGAUCUCUGCAGCAGCACCAGCAGUCUGCCUACAGCCAGACUACAAAAUGGACGGCCCUCUGCGCUUUUUAGUGAAACCCCCUGUUCAAGAAGUCACAGGGGGUCACUGCAUGAAGAGAGCUCAUACUCUGCCACUAGGCGUUUCAGUGGCUCCAGCGCUAGAGGCCCUUCAGACUACAAUGGCUUUCUGGGCUCCAGUUCCAGGGCCUCAUCUAGGGCGAGUUCAGCCCGUGCCAGUCCAGUGGUGGAGGAAAGGUCAGAUUUCCUGGAAAAGGGGUCCAGGACAGCCUCCACCCUCUCUGCUGCAACUCUGGCAUCUCUGGGUGGAGGUUUAUCACGAAGAGGAAGCUGUGAUACCUCGAUUUCAGCUGACACUGAGGCCUCCAUACGGGAAAUGAAGGACUCCCUGGUGGAGGUGGAGGAGAAGUACCGUAAGGCAAUGGUGUCCAAUGCUCAGCUGGACAAUGAGAAGACAAACCUAAUGUAUCAGGUGGACACACUGAGAGACACUCUGAUGGAGCUGGAGGAACUUCUGUGUGAGACACGCAGAGAGUGUGAGGAGAAAACCAGAGACUUAGAGCGAGAGCGUCAUGCCCACAAUGUCCUGAAGUUCCAGUUUGAGGAGAUGAAGGAAACACUGAGGCAGAGUGAAGAGUUGCUGACGGAAGCCCAACAGUCUCGUGGGAAGCAGGCGGACUAUUUUAGAGAGAUCGCUGACUUGCAAGAAACAUUGGAAUGGAAAGAUAAAAAGAUCCGGGCCUUAGAGAGGCAGAAGAAAUAUUCAGACAUUAUCCAUGAUGAACGGGAGGCACUCAGGGACGAGGUUUGCCGGCUUAGGGAUGCUCUGAAGAAACAUGGCAUUGUGCUGGGAUCUGAGGUGACCACCAAUGGGGAGGUAGCAGACGGGACGAUUGAUGGGCAUGCUGAUGUGGAAGCAGCCUCCCGAUUGAAUCAAGACUCUCACAUGUCCAUUAUGAGUGGAGACAGCAUGUUAGAGAUCAGAUUGAGGAAACUGGUGGAAGAGAGAGAGUGUUUGCUCGACCAGGUACGGAAGUAUAAAACCAUUGCUGAGCAGAAACAAAAGAAUGGGACAGAAGGAGCGGGAAGCACAGAUGAGGAUGACCUACAGAAUGGUCUGGACCCUCAUAUUCUAGAUCUGCAGAGAGAUGCUAACAGGCAAAUCAGUGACCUAAAAUUCAAGCUGGUCAAGUCUGAACAAGAAGUCACAGCACUUGAACAAAGCAUCAUUCGGCUGGAGGGUCAGGUGAGCCGCUAUAAAACGUCCGCUGAGGCUGCAGAGAAAGUCGAAGAUGAACUAAAAGUGGAGAAACGCAAGCUGCAGAGAGAGCUGAGGUCUGCGCUUGACCGUAUCGAUGAGCUGGAAGCAAGCAACAGCCACCUUACGAAGAGACUAGAGAAGAUGAAGGCCAAUCGGAGUGCUCUUUUGGCACAGCAGUGACGUCCAUCUAUGCCCACUCUGCAGUCAGGGGCAUGAUUCCCAUCUAGUACCAAUGAUCUGCCACCCAUAUUAAACUAAAACAACUAUCAAAAUCAUAUAAAAUUAGCCCAAUCAUAAUCAUGCUACUUCAGACUUUAAAAAGUAAAUAUGGCUGACAGGCAUGGACAUCAAACUUCAUUUGUUUGCUAGUGGGAGUCCAAGCGGAGGACAUCAAAAACUCUUACUGAGGCUCAUUAAAGUGACCUUUGGUUUGGAUUAGCAGAAUUCAGGCCCUCAAUGAGCUCUCAAAAUGUUUUGACUGGUUACGGAUCUCUAAGUCAAUGAACCAACUCAGCACAGGCAGAGCACAGCUAUGGCAGCAUGUUCCUUUAUAAUCCAGUGGUGAGGGACAUUGAAUAAUCUUAGCAGACCAUGCACUUUAUCCCUUCAUCAGUACUCAAAUUUUGUGUUAUAUGGAAACUGUAACAUAUCUGCACACGGAACUGUUUUGCAAAAUGAGGUAAUGGAGUUUGUGUAGUCCAGAUAUUAUAUGACUGAAUUUAUGCUCUUAUACAGAGAAAGUGUGUGUUAUUGCAAUUUUUGUGCAGACGGGGAGUGUUGUUUAUACAAUCAACAACUUAUCAAAUUAUUGGAGAAUUGCUAUAAUGUCCAUUUUGUUUCAUGCCAAAUCUGUGUGUGUGUGAGCGUGUGUGUUGGUCUGUACGUAAAUAAUGGGGACUAACACUUCAUAAUGUUAGUCAUUUUUGUUUAUAUGCUAAUGUUGUGUAAACAAGGGGCACUUAAGACAUGGCAAAAAAAAAAAAGAUGCAAUAACAAUGUUAAUAUAACUUUAUGGAGUAUAUUUGGGGAUAAGCCAGGCUUCAAAAGAUUUUAAUCAUUGUUUCAAAUGUUCUCAGUGGCUGCACUUAGUUUUCUUUGUUGCUUUAUGAAAGCACUCAAUACAUUUUUCUCACAUAUCCAUUUAACUGAAGUGGGCCAAAUGAUGAUAAUACUUUUCUUUUGUUUAAUAUGCAGGUUUUAGACCACCUACUUACUUUCUGUGUUUAAACUACAA